CAUUCUUGCCUUCUUCACUCAUCUCCUACAAUCCCGUCUCCUUCCUCAAUCUUUCCUUUUUUCACUUGUAUCCGUCUCGCCUUCAUUUGUCUCCUUCCUCCACUUGUGUCCUUCACUCAUCUUCUUGUCUCCUUGAUGUGCUUGCUCUGUCUCCUUCGCUUGUCUCUUGGUCUGCUUCAUGUCUUUCCUUCCCAUCACUCGUCUCCUCAAUGUUGUCAUCUUCACUCAUUUUUUUGCCUCCUUCACUUGUAUCCUUUUCUCCUUCAUGUGUCUCCUUUGCUUGUGUCUCAUUGUCUCCUUCGCUCGCCUGCUCCACUAAAUUUUGUCUCCUUCACUCAUUCUUGCCCCCUUCACUCAUAUCCUUGUCUGUACAUUGUUUGCCUGUCUCCCUGUGUUUCCUUGUUUCCUUCACUCGUCUCCUUGUCUCCUUAACUUGUCUCUUUGACUUAAUUUGGUCUCUUUUUGCACCUUCUUGCCUCAUUCACUCGUCUUUGUUUCUUUCCUAUGUUCCCUUUGCUAAUCUCCCUCCUCGUCGUCGUCGUCCUCCUCCUCCUCCUCCUCCUCCUCCUCCUCCUCGCGUGCUUUUGAGGCUGCAGUCUAACAAUUUGUUCUCGUUCUCCUGCGCACUUGCUUUCUAGUUUGUGGCUCGGAUACGCGGCGGCGAGCACCGACGGACAUCGCCAUGACUCUCCAGCAGCAAAGAGCGUUUCUGUGUCUCUUUCUCUUUCUUCACGCCCGCAGCGUGUGGGCCAGAGUGGAGGUGACUAUGAAAGACAAUGUCGAGGUGUACCUGGGCGACUCGGCUGAGAUCGUGUGCCACUAUAACUUCACUGAAGCCAACAGCGUCAGAUUUGUCAUGUUCCAGUGGUUUGUGAAAGACAAAGGCAGCAGUUCACGAAUUCGUAUCUACUACGCCGUUGAGGACAACAAGAUCGUGGACGAGGGCACGGAGUACAGUGGUCGCAUCCAGGUGACUUUAGAUCAGCACAAAACUCAGCUCACCAUCCAGGAGGUGCAGCUGUCCGACGAGCGGGAGUUCAUCUGCCAGGUGAACGGUCUGUCGGCCGGCACCAUGGAGCGCAAGACUCACCUCAGGGUGUUCGCUCCCCCGGGGUCUCCAGUAAUCAGGGGUGUCCAAACGGGAAUAUCCGUCACCAAUGAGAUGCCGUCUAAGGUGGCAACAUGUGAGGCCCGGAAUGGUUAUCCCAAAUCCAACAUCACCUGGUACAGGAACAACAUGCCUCUGGUGUCUUCAGCAGGACUUGUGAAUGUGUGGACCGGCGACACGGUGGAGUCGAGCGGCUUGUACUCGGUGCAGAGCACGUUGGAGUACCAGGUGGUCAAGGAGGACAAGGACGCUAACUUCUCCUGCGAGGUCAGCUUCUUCGUGCCCGGCGACAUCAUGAUCGUCGAGUCCAGCAGCGUCGGCAUCACCGUUCACUACCCACCCACCAUGGUGGAGCUGUGGAGGGAGUCGCCUCAGGGAUUGGUCAAAGAGGGGGAUACUGUGGAGCUACGUUGCCACGGCGAUGGCAACCCCAUGCCGACCUUCAUCUUCACCAGGAAGGAAGACCCUGACGUGGAGUUUGACAGCCGUGGAAACGUGUUGAUGCUGCAGGCGGUGUCGCGCAGCGACAGCGACGAUUACCUGUGUCGACCCCGGGACACCACCGCACUCAAAGAGGUCAAAGGAGAGAUGCGACUCAAAGUGCACUACCUGGACCCUGCUGUGCUGGUACCCAAAGAAUCUGAGGUCAUGUUAAAAGGGGAAGAUUUGACUGCGUCGUGUAAUGCUUUGUCCUCUGAGAAAACAUCCGUCGUCUGGUACAAGGAUGGCAAUAUGGUGGGUCGAGGAAACAUGCUCCACCUGCAGGACGCCACCUACGAAACGGCGGGAGAGUACGUUUGCGAGGUGACCGUUCCCUCCGUGCCCGCCCUGCACACCAGCGGCUCAGUCCACAUUGUCGUCCACGGUGGUCCUCAGCUGGUGGGCGAGGAGCAGGAGGUCCAUCUGGAGGAGGCAGUGGGCAGGAUGGUCAACCUGAGCUGCGAGGCACGUGGCCACCCCGCGCCCAGCAUCACAUGGAUCUUCGUCGGUAGCCAGAACUGGUUCGAGGUGUUCAGCAAGUCCAGCGACCACAUGACCCACAGCGUGGUGUCCGUCGCCGUCAAGUCGGACAUCAGCGCCAUGUGCAACACCUCCAACGACCUUGGCAUUGACGUCAGAGCUUUCAGCAUCAAAGCCAUUCCCCUGGUCACCACCAGCGCGCCCUUCUCUCCCGAGGGCAGCGGCGUGAUCAUCGUGGUGAUCAUCCUGUGCCUGCUGCUGCUGGCCAUCUUGGGCAGCGUGCUCUACUUCCUGCACAAGAAGGGCAAGAUCCCGUGCGGACGCUCGGGGAAGCAGGACAUCUCCAAAGAGAAGACCGCCAAAGACGACAUCGUGGUGGAGAUGAAGAACAACGCCAACGCCAAGAGUGAGGACACGGUGCUCCUCAAGGCCGUCAACGGAGACAAAAACGGCACAAACGAUCAGUAAAAGUGUGCAGGCAUCGGCAGUGGAGGUGCUGAUCUGAUACCAGCAGGGACUCCAAUCACACGUUAUACACUACCAGUAUUUCCGUACACACACACACACACACACACACACACACACACACACACACACACAAACUUGUCUUUUGAGUGAAUGUGUCUCGUAAAAGUUCAUCCGUCGUUCUGUUUUCUGUUUGUUACAUCAUCGCUAGGCCAUCAAAGUGUACAUAUUAUAUAUAUAUUUUGUUAUUUAAGAUAUUUUCACACACUCACACACACACACUUACACAAACAAACAACCGUUACAAACUGCUGUCAAGUCCCUUUCACCUUUUCCCCGUAUUGUUUGAAAAUAUGCCAGCGGACUGUUGCCGGGCAGAUUUCAAAGAGGUUAGCGAUCUGCUUUGCCCGUUUUUGUUUUUGAGAUUUCUGCUGAAUACGCAGCAUUUGUUUGUAUGUAUUUUAUUUGCGUUGUGUUGGACCAGUUUUGCUGUAAACAUUUAAUAUUUUUCACAAGUGUGCUCACAUUCAUACAUACAUACGCGUGAGUGGAAAUAAUUACGGUACUUUUGAAGAGAAGAUUUCAGUUUGAUGCAGGCACACUGGCGCCCCCGCCGGAUCCAUUUUGUGAAUAUUGUGGGGUUUUUUUUGUGUGUGAGCAUUUUUUAUUUUUUUUUCAUCUUUCCACUGACGGACGAUAAUGUCGUGCUCUGCUGUGUUCCAAAAAAACUGCACACCAGGGAAUACAUUGUUUAUAUUUUGGGUUUUUUUCCCCUCCCCCAAAACGUUUGUAAAUUAAGUACUGUACAUGUGAUCCUUUGAUGCCUGUGCUUUUUUUUUGUAAUGUUUUUGCAAGAAAAUGAGAAAUAAAAAGGUUUUUCAACAAA